CUAACGCUUGGAUUGAUUUGGUUGCUUUGUGUCCUGCAGCCGUGCUGAGUCCUAUGCACUUUACAUACUGCACGCCAGGAUUGAUCCCAUAUGCUGCUAGGACCGCGAGCACCCUGCAGAUCUACUCCGUCAAGAUUAUCGGAGCAGGUAGGAAGUUGGAGUGGCCACUCAAUGUGUAUGGGGUCGUCGCUGCCCGAGACGCCGUGGACUACAACCGCAACAUCCUCUUCUCUCGGUGGAGGGACGACUGCCAAAAACUCACUCCAGAGGAUCCAUUUUUGUGCUUGACUGGUCCGUCCCGUGCGAUUGUGGCCAUGGAAUGUGCCGAUUUGGAAGUCCAGCUGAAAGUAAAGGGUGAAACAAGGUCUAGUGAUAGAGCAUUGAUCACCCGUCGGUCCACUUACUCCGGUGGUUACCAUCAAGGUUUAGAGACCAUGCUCUUCAGCAACUGCUUUUGCACGGUAGAGUUAAGCUUAGAGCGGCUUACGGAAACUGUCCAGGCUACUAUCUUGAGUGUCCGUGUUGACGAAGAGGGGCCAUGGCCUUUUGAACAUGGCGGACGGAUUAUGUGCUCCUCACCACCACACGAAGUUAAGGACCCCCUAUCCAAGCAAGUUGUUCUGGUUGAUUCUCAUAGUUGUGAAGGUGGAGAAAUGCCAAUGGGCACAGCCAGUUACAUUGAUCUGUCAAGGCGUGUUGUUUCUGUAAAAUUGGAAGACAGCCUGCAAUUUGCCAUACGAGCCUACUCGCAGUCUGGCGCUAUUGCUAGACAAAGUAGUGUCACGUUCAGGACCAAAUAUUGCAACGUUAGCCGAGGUAUAUGCAAGAUUGGUGACUCGGUGGUGGAGAUUACUAUUGCUUGGUCCCAUAUUGUUAGGCGCAAGAGGGGAAUCCACUUAGCAGGUCAUGUUUGAUGCUUCCUGUAUUGUGUUGAUGUUUUUUUUUCGAAAGGGUAUUGCGUUGAUGUUAUGGACUAUGAUACCCUUUACCCAGUUGUAUCUGUUUUUGCCUCACAUGUGGUUUACGAAGCUGCGGAAACUUCUUUUUUGUAGUAGUAGUAUCGAUUAGCUAAAUGACCAAUGUUACCUGAAUAUUUUUGUGUAUGUGUAUUAUAAUUUCUUACUAUGCUGUGUGAAGUAGAUUCAGCAGCCAUG